AUGGCAGCCUGUCAGAAACUCUAUCCUCGGGCGACGGUCAAGAAGAUCGUCAAAGCCCACUCGAAGCGCAAUGUGACCAAGAACGUGGAUGUGUUGAUAUUUCUUGACUACGAGCUCUUUCUGCAAACGCUGAUGAAGGAGGCUACUAUCAAUGCGAGAGCGGCGGGAGAACGGGGAAUCAGUGCGAAGAGUGUCAAGAAGGUAACGGAGGUAUGCAUCCUUAGCGAAAUUCAAAGGUUGAAGCUGUUACUAUGGCAGGAUAAGGAUGAACAAGCACAUCUCUACAUCAAGGGAAGAUAUGGCUGGCCACCAACCGAUAUCCUCACUAUAUCCGGGGCUGUUUGGACUUUGGACCACCCUGGCGCACGGGAGGACGGAGUAAAAGUAAGGCUACGGACGAGGCUGUAG